AUGUUUCCACGGCGUUCUUCAUUGCCAAGUAAUCCCUCAAGCGAAAAUACUACUGUUAGAAGAGAGUGUAGAACUUUCGAACCACAACAGUGGCGUCCAUCUGUGUGCAAAAAUUGCUUUCGAACUGAACCGGAGCAUAAUAUGCCCAAUACGACAACGGCAAUUGCUACAAAUGCAGUUCAGAAUCAGAACCCCAUUACCUCAACUGCGGUCUCAACGAUUGAAGGGGUCCCUGGUACAAUUAAUGCCUGGCCAGCGACUCCUGCAGUUAGCAGAAAGCCAGGACCUAUGGACCCUGGUCAAAGUCGAACGCAUGGACAAACUCCCGCUCCAACUAGACGCAGCGGGCAAAAUUCACAGAGGUCCGCUGAUGAAAUCCAAAGGGGUAUUCCUCAAAGGGGAACCCCAGCCCCAUCUCAGAUCCUUCUACCACAACCUCUUGGACCAGAUCGAGCUGCACAGGUAGGCGCAAGCGGUGUAUUCUCCUCAGCUUCCAGUAUUGAUGCCAGAUAUGUCGAGGAGCUUGAAAAUGACUUCUUCGACCUUGAAGAUAAGUACGAUGCUCUGGCAAGGGAACGAAAUGACCUAUCGAUGGAAUUGGAAGCGAAAGUGAGGAGUGUUGAGGAAUUGCAAAUCUCCCUAGAACAGUACAAAGAGAAGGUUUCAACACUGGAAAGACGAUGCACUCAUUUGGAAGAAGAGAUAAAGACAUAUAGAGAGCGAUUGCGGUUACCCGAAAGUGACCAAGGGGGAGUAGCAGGUGGCGCAGGUGUUGACUUGAAGGCAAGUGCUCUGGUCGCCGCGUUGGAAGGUGGCGAAGGCAGUGACGACCUGAAGAUUCGACUAAACCAAGUCGAGCAACUCUGUCAAGACGUCAUGGAAGAGAAUGAGGCCCUCAAGGAGGAGAUCGAAGAGAUGCAACGGGAGAUUGAAGAAAUGCAUGACCAUUUCCAGGAAGAGGACAGGGACAGCAUGCGUGAGAUGCAGCGUGACCUUGAGGCAGCCAAUAAAACCUGCCGAAUCCUUCAGUUCAAAUUGCGAAAAGCUGAACGCCGAUUUGAGCAGGUUGAAGCUGAAAGAGCUAGCUUGGAAGAACGGCUCUCAAGACUGGAGUCUCAACUUUACAGCGAAACUGACAUUGGUCAUAUUCGAACUUUGGAGGAUGAACUACGUAUUGCCAAAGAGGUAACCACCCGAUUAAACAACGAGUUGGACAUUCUCGAGGAAAAACGUCAGUUCUAUGAGGAUGAGAAUCAUCAACUAAAAGACGAACUUCAACUCUGUCAGAAUCGGCGUAUCACUUCAGAAAAUGAGGUCGAUCGUUUACGAUUAGAGUUAGAUAAAUUGAAAUGUGAAAGCCGCUUCGCCGAACGUGGUCCCUUGCAAGUUACGGACAAGAAAGCCGGGCGACAAUCAACUGGCCUCAGUACAACACCCCCUGCGCUUUCAACUGAACAAAACGAGUUAAUUCGGGCCCUUCAGACCACCAAAGAGAGGGAGGCGGAUCUCUCAGAGCAGCUACGAUUCGCAGAAGAGGAGUUGAGGAAAAUGAAUCGGCGGAUGGCAGAAGCUCAAGCCGAUAAUAAUGCCUUAUCUCGUCAACUAGAACGUCUUAGCAUGCAACAGGCUCGUGGAGAAAGCCCGAGAGCAACUGCGUCUCAGGUUAAAAAGGAGUUUGCUGCAACUCAACAAGAAGCCAAACGUGCGGAAGUGGACGAGACGGCGGCAAAGCUGAAGGCAGCUCAGGAGGAGUUGGAGAAUCGCAAGGAAACGGAUACCCUUAUUAUAAAACGAAUGCACCAACUGGCAAACGAGUUCCUUACUCUCAAGGCCACUUACAAGGAAAUUGAUUGGCUGGAAAAGUACAAUGAAGCGGUUGAGGCACAAAGGGACGCUGAAAAUCAGGUGGCCUCACUCAAGCGCAAACUUGUUGAAUCUUCCACUGAACUGCCAAGUUCUGUGGUUGCUCGAAUCGAGUCCCGUCGACCAUCCUUAAAAUCCUCUGACUCAAGGGCUGCGAUGUCAAAAGACUGGUUGUUGCAGAAGCUGGACAUGCACGAUAAAGAAAUGUCCGAUCUCGAAACAGAAAUAUCUGCCCUUCGUAACUCAACCGAUAAUUUGAAGAUGCAAUCUCAAAAACUCGGCGAAGAACAUGCCGAAUUCAAAAACGAAGCUGAUCAACGUGAAAAGGAUCUUCGAAUGCACAUUGAGAAUCUAGAGAGGAAAGAUUUUAUAGUUAGUAGCCUUCUAGAACUAAUGGUUCAGAGAACUAACUUCCUCCAAGAGCAGUUAGAGAAGACAAGUCCAACAGAUGUUGAAAAGGAGUCCACAAGAGAAUUGAAAAAUCUUCAGGAAAUUCUGCUUAAGGAACGAGAAAAAGCAAAAAUCUUGGAGGAACAGUUGCAAUCAGGGGCUCUGAUUAUUCCUCGACCAAUGCUGAGCGAAAAUGAACGUUCAAGACUGAAGGAAAUUGAUGUUUUGAAAUCCCAGGUAGGACCAUUUGGACUCAACUUAACCCUUCCUAUGGAAUGUGUGCUGGAGGAGAAAGAAGAGAUAAUAGAGGAUCACGAGAGUCAGAUCCGUGACCUAAGAAAUCGUUUGGAGAGGGCGAAGAAGAUGAACGAUGCAAUGAAGAUUUUAAUCGAUAAGGAUGCUGUAGACUCUUCCAGAAUAUCAGCUUCGACUUCUAGCCCAGCUUCUGCUGUUGCUACCUUGGAGAGCAAACAAAAUGCUCUGGAGAUCUCUGGUUACAGAAAAGAAAUUGACUCAAUGCGAAAGGAGAUCGCAAUUCUGCAACAAAAGGUUCUCCAAAUUGAGAAAGUUCGCGAGAAGCUUAUUCUGGAGAACAAGGAUCUUCAAGAAGAGCUGAAACUCCGUGAAGAUUCUCUCUUUGAUCAGGACGACGAACUUGAGAAGAGAAAUGCUGAUCUCGCCAAGGCAAAGCGUGCUUUGGAACUCAUGCAAGUUGAGUUGAACGAAGCUCGAAAGGGAUUGGCUGUUGCAAGAGCGCAAGAGGGAAUGAGCACCAAGAUCAGCACAACAUUGGCUGAAAACGAGCGCCUGAAAUCGGAACUUCGCCGUUUGGAGGAAGAACUUUCCGUUACAAUGAUGAAUUUGGAAAAAGCCCGGGCUAUUGAAGCUGAUCUUCUUGACAAAAAUAAGCAAUUGGGAUUGGACCUGAAGAACAAAGAAAGCCUUGUUCAGGAAAAGGAUGAUCUUCUUAAUGAAGUCAAGAAGGACUCACAACGACUGGACGAAGAGCUUAACUCAACACGCCAGGCUGCUACCGAAGCUCAAAAUAAGAUUAAGAAGCUUGAAGCUACUAUUUGUGUCUUUAAUAGGAUAAAACAAAACGAAAACGGAAAUUCGGGAGCGGAUUCAGCGCCUGGUAACUCAAUUGGCCGCGACAGCAAUAGAGAUACUAGACGUAUAGAAAUGGAUCGUUUGCGUCGUGAAUGUACAGCUCUUCGGCAGGAACGUGAUGAAAUUGCGAAGGAAGCUCGUAGGGACCGGCAACUCUUCGAAAAACGUCUACAAGAGGCCUGCAAUAAAUUGAAUUCCCUUUCGGAAACCUCACCAAGCUCCACGUCUCGAUCCGCUAUUGCCGGUGAUCUUUUCACUCGAGCAACAGCUGAGAAGCAGAUAAACAAGAAGUUAAACUUGUUCAAUGAACAUAUCGCCAAGCAGAACAGCAUAAUCUCGCAGUUGAAAAUCAAGAAUGAGAUCAUCCAAAAUAAGGUUCUGGAAUAUCAACGACGGUAUGCGAACUUGAAGGAGCAAUAUGAGGCAGAGCAGGAGGCCUGGCUGUCUGAACGCGUUGUUCUUGAGUCCAAAGCAAAGGAGCAGGAAGAGCGGAAGAACACGAUAGCAAGCACGAGAAAGUCUCUCCAAGAAACCAGUAUUCGACUAGCUGAAGUUGAGCUCAAUUUUGAGAAAGAGAGGCAAAAAUUCGAAAGUGAGUUGGCAAGAUUGGAAACAGAGAAGUCUGAACUCAAAGUUCAGUUAGCUCAACUAAAGGAGCAGCAAAAGUUGCCAAAAGUGCUCCAGCGUUUUAGUGCAUCACCGGCUCGAAGUGGACACAUUAGUAUGGUUAAUGCAGCUGCUAGCGGUAAUGUGGCUAGCACUGAGACUGCCAGACGUUUGGAUUCUGCAGAAAGAACUAUUGCUCGUUUAAAGACAGAAAUCCAGAAUCGAAUCGAGGCACAAUCUCAAAUUACAAUUGAUGCCAUUAAAGAGGCUGAGGCCGCACGGGGAGCUGCUGAAUGCCAAAUGGAAAGCUUGAACGAACAGCUUUUGCAGUUAAAUCUCUUCCGAGAGCAAGCUGAACUUUUUAGGGAACGUCUUAUCGAAUCAGAGCAGGGAGCCGAUCGAGAGUUCAAAAUAUGGACAGAGGAACGUGAAGAUCUACUUUGCCGAAUUGAAGACUCCCGAAUUUCAGUCGAGCAAUGGUGUAUUCGAUUGGCAAAUAGAGAAGGAAUUGAGGGCUUGAAGUCUGAGGAAAUCAUUAAUGACAUUGUUGCAGAAAUGGAACGCUGGAGAAAUUGUCGGCAGCAUAUACCAAUUUUCCAAAGAAGGUCACACACAUCAGACACCCAGUCAAUGAUGGGUGAGAGUAUGCUUGGAACGCCCGCAUCUCAGCCCAAGACCCCCUUAUCUGCAGGUCAUAGAUCAACCUCCGUGGAAUGGUUUAAUCGAUCAGGAAAUGGCGGUUUCCGUGGGAGCACUGUUAGCUUGGCUGGAGGUAUUAGCUCUUCUUUGGCACGCAGUGUUACUCCAUCUCUAACCCGUUGUGGGCGGUCAGUUUCACCCGAUGUCAGCGUUCGAAAGAUAACAAAUUACCCCGAUCCUACGCCUGGAUUUCUCAUCCGGUCAAGGCAACCUUCAGUUGACAGUCUGGGCAGCGUUUCUGAUCUAUCUACAAGGCCGUUCAACUCUCCCGGAAAACCACCGCUUCGACAGCCCAUCUCCCCAGCCCGAAGAAAAUUCUUUGAAGAAUCGUCGAUAACAACUCCUUCUGAACCUGGAAGUCUAAAGACAGAAUCCUUCACUUUCCCCCUUUCCUCUUCUAAUGUAAUUAUCAAGCAUCCUUCUGAACUUCGUCAUGUAACAACGGUUGUACCGGCCUCUUCGUCUAACACAGAAUCUUCUGAAGGCAAUUCGAUUCUUGCUGCAUCAGUUCCCCCAAAGAAAGAACCGACUCCUUCUGUUCUUUCUCGAAUUUCCUCAAAAUUGACGGGCUCUAAAACGGACUUGUCUCGGCAUAAAACACCUCCUAAAGAGAAGCGACAGUCUCCACCAAAAGUAUCAAGUUCGAGCCCCACUUCAAAGUCUCCAAAACAGAAAAAGAAGUCUCCUUCUCGAACCUCCCCACCAAAGACGACUUCAACGCCCUCGCAACCAACUGCUUCAGAUUCACUUAAGACAUCCACUACAACACCAACAGUUAAAGUCCAGCCUCUAUCUACAAAACGGAGGGAAUCGGAGAUGAUUCAAAGCAUUGCUUCCAAACUCCAUUCAACAGCGGAAGCUUCGACGAAAACGUCAGGUUUCUCAUCUGGAUCAUUUCCGUUGAAGACUUCAAGAUCAGCGAGUCUAACUACCCCGUCAAUUUCGCCUUCAAUCAUGGCGUUAAGGCAGAAAUUCGGAGGAAAGUAG